AUGGCCGGUGCCGUCGCGGAGAACAUUGCUGUUGCCAAGGCUGCUGCCCAGCAAGCCAACCCUGUCGCUCCUUCCGGUGUCGACUUGUACUCUCGUUUCGCUCUUGCCGGUGCUUUGUGCUGUGCCAUCACCCACGGUGCCUUGACUCCCGUCGAUGUCGUCAAGACCCGUAUUCAGCUCGACCCCGUCACCUACAACCGCGGUUUGAUUGGUGGUUUCCGUCAGGUCAUCGCUGCCGAGGGUGCUGGCGCCCUCUUGACCGGUUUCGGUCCUACCGCUGCUGGUUACUUCUUGCAGGGUGCUUUCAAGUUCGGAGGUUACGAGUUCUGGAAGAAGACCUUCAUCGAGCAGGUUGGUGUUGAUAACGCUGUCAACAACCGCACUGCCAUCUACUUGGCUUCCUCUGCUUUGGCCGAGUUCUUCGCCGAUGUUGCCCUCUGCCCUCUCGAGGCCACCCGUAUCCGUUUGGUCUCCCAGCCUACCUUCGCUAACGGUCUCGUUGGUGGUUUCUCCCGUAUCGUCAAGGAGGAGGGUUUCGGCGCUCUCUACGGUGGUUUCGUUCCUCUCUUGUUCAAGCAGGUCCCCUACACCAUGGCUAAGUUUGUCGUCUUCGAGCGUGCCAACGAGGCCAUCUACACUGCUCUCGGCUUGAACAAGUCUGAGGUUUCCGGCUCCAAGGCUACCGGUAUCAACCUUACUUCCGGUUUGAUUGCUGGUGCCGCCGCUGCUGUCGUCUCCCAGCCCGCCGACACCCUUCUUUCCAAGAUCAACAAGACUCCCCGUCUUCCUGGAGAGGGUGUCGUUGGUGCUCUUGCCCGUCUCGCUCGCGAGCUCGGUCUCAAGGGUUCCUUCUCUGGUCUCGGUCCCCGUAUUGUCAUGGUCGGUACCCUUACCGCCGGUCAGUUCGCUAUCUACGCCGACAUCAAGAAGGUUCUCGGUGCCACUGGUGGUGUCGAGAUCGCCCCUGCCAAAUAA